UUUCUGUACGAGAUCUGCCUUCUGACAACUCUUGUUUUCCGAAAGGGAAAGGGAAUGGUCCCUGUCAUCCAACCCGCCGGUUUGCAGAUUGUUAUCACCACAGUUGGCGACCCAGAUGGGACCCGAGUGAGGGCCUCCAGCCCCCGGGACUGCUUCUCAGAAGAAUUCUUCUCAAAAGACUGCCCCGGAGGACGGACUCCCCCUCGGGCCUAACCCAAAUUUUUCUGAGCCAAGGAAUCAGUGACCUUCAAGGAUGUGGCUGUGGAAUUCACUCCAGAGGAGUGGAGGCAACUGGACCCUGCCCAGAGGAACUUGUUCAGGGAUGUGAUGCUGGAGAACUAUGGGAACCUUGUCUCUCUGGGGCUUGCUGUUAACAAACCAGGUAUUAUCUUCCUUUUGGAAAGAGGAGGAACACCAUGGAUGCCAGAGAGAGCUGUCCUAGGAGGCACCUUUCCAGAGCACCUUAGUUCAGAGAUUAGGUGUGCAACAACAGAGGCAGCUCCAGAGCUCCCCAUUUCUGUGGGAGAGACCCUCCAGAAUCCCUGGGAUUCCAAGUUUGCAGAAGUGUGGGAGUGUGAUAUUAACUUAGAGCAAAAGAAUGGCAAGCAUGAAAAGCAAUCCCAGCAAGUGCAAGUCAUCCGCAGGAAAGCUUCCAAGUUUAAUGCUAAGAUAAGUAAUGCCUUUGGAAAAGGCUUUAGUCUGGAGUCAGUCCUGGUUCCACAACACAAAGUUCUUAUGGGCAUGGGUCUGCAUAAAUGUGAUACACAUGGAAAAAGCUUCAAACAGUGCUUAGAUAAAAGUAAACUGAAUGGGAUCUCAGCAGAGAGAAAGAUUUGUGAAUAUCAUAAAUGUAGGAAGCCAUGGAGUUGCCAUUCAGACCUUAUUCAACAUCAGAAGAAAAAUACUAAAGAAAAAUUGUAUGGAUGUGGAAGAGCAUUUGGCACUAGCUCAUCCUUUACUAAUGAUCCAGUGAUUCAUUCUGCACAGAAACCCUUUCAGUAUAAUGAAUGUGGAAAAUCCUUUGGCUGGUCUGGAGACCUAAGUGAACAUAAGCGAAAUCACACUGGGAAAAAACCCUCUGAACAUAGUGAAUGUGAGAAAUCUGUUGGGUGCUGUGGAGCCCUGACUAAACAUAAGAGAUGUCCAACAAGUGAGAAACCCUUUGAAUGUAAUGAAUGUGGGAAGUCUUUUGGGUGGCGUGGAGACCUUACUAAACAUAUGAGAAUUCACACUGGAGAGAAACCCUUUGAAUGUAAUGAAUGUGGGAAAUCGUUUAAACAGCCUGGACACCUUACUGGACACAAGAGACUUCAUACCAAAGAGAAACCUUUUGAAUGUAAUGAAUGUGGGAAAUCCUUCAGGUGUUCUGUAUACCUUGCUAAACAUAAGAUUAUUCAUACCAGUGAAAAACCUUUUGAAUGUAAUGAAUGUGGGAAAUCCUUUAGGUGUUCUGGAUACCUUACUAAGCAUAAGAGAAUUCAUACAGGUGAGAAACCUUUUGAAUGUAACGAAUGUGGGAAAUCCUUUCAACAGAGUGGUAAUCUUACUGUGCAUAAGAGAAUUCAUACCGGAGAGAAACCUUUUGAAUGUAAUGAAUGUGGGAAAUGCUUUAGAAGGAGUAUAAAGCUUACUGCACAUAAGAGAAUUCAUACUGGAGAGAAACCCUUUGAAUGUAGUGAAUGUGGGAAAGCUUUUAGGUGGAGUGGAGACCUUGCUACCCAUAAGAGAAGUCAUACUGUAGAAAAACCUUUAUAAUGUAAUGUACAUGGGAAAUCCUUUAGGUGGUGUGGAUACCUUACUAAGCAUAAGAGAUUUCAUGCUAAAGAGAAAUUCUUUGGAGCUAAUUACUGUAGUAAAGCCUUGGAACAGCAUGGAACUCUUACUGACUAUAAGAGUGGUCAUAUUGGAGAGAAACCUUUUGAAAGUAAUGUGGGCAAUCCUACGAGAACAUGGAAAACUUAUUGAAGAUGAGAUUUUUCUCCUGGAGAUAACAUUGGAAUGUAACUAAUAUGGGAGAGCUUUUCCUCAGCAUGAUCAUCUUUCUGCACAAAAGGGAAUUCAUACCAGAGAGAAUCCAUUUGUGAUGAAUAUAGGGAAAUAUUUCGGGUUGUCUGGAGAUGUUACUAAACAUGAAAGCAUUCACACUGGAGAGAAAUGACCUUUGUAGUCAGAGAACCUAGGUUCAAAGUUCAUUUAUGUAACUUAUAA